AUGGCAACGGCAACAAGUGCCAGUAGUUACAUUGGAAACUUAGAGCACCGUAACAGUUUCUUCUCAUCAAUGCAGCGAUUCCGCCGCCUGUUUCCGGCCAAUUAUUCCCCUCGAUUCAUAGCCAUGGCACCCAAAAAGAAGGUGAAUAAAUACGAUACUGAUUGGGCAAAACAAUGGUACGGUGCUGGAAUAUUCUAUGAAGGCAGCGAAGUACAAGGAAUCGACGUGUUCAAGAAACUCGAGAAACGAAAAGUCCUAAGCAAUGUGGAAAAGGCCGGCCUAUUAUCCAAGGCAGAGGAAUUGGGAUUCACAUUGUCAUCGAUUGAGAAGCUAGGGGUCUUGUCAAAGGCUGAGGAGCUCGGGUUGCUCAGUUUAUUGGAAAGGGCCGCCAGUUUUUCACCCUCUGCCCUGGCCUCGGCUGCACUACCUAUACUGGUGGCAGCAGUGGUGGUGGUCGUGGUGAUCCCUGAUGACUCCGCGGGGCUGGUGGCAGCUCAGGCAGUGAUUGGUGCGUUGCUUGCGAUUGGAGGUGUUGGUUUAUUUGUAGGAUCACUUGUUUUAGAUGGGUUGCAAGAGACUGAUUAA